AUGACCCUCCGUGAGAAAGUUCGGUCCAAUCAGGGCCGAUUACACGGGUUUUCACCCUCCAGCGAGAAUAUCACAUUCGUGUCGCGAGUAUGGGAUUUCGCUGCUAAGAAAAUCCAGUCUUACGGGGCUGAAAAGCAAUCUAAUUGUCUCGCUACGGACUCGGCUCGUCUUCAUGUCGCGGCCUUGGGAGAAGUCAACAAGGCAAUAGACAAGGCCGACCCCAUCGCGUUGUUCGGAAUCGCCACUUUCGCCUUCUUUGAGGUAUGCGAUGGGUCUUUCGGGAAAUGGCAGCGCCAUCUCUACGGCGCUUUGUCUCUCUUAGACGUGCAUUGUCAAAGUCGGGCUGAGUUGGACCGAUUGUCCGACGACAUCGUGGGCCUGAAAGAGGUCGUCGCUAAUCUUGUCUGGUUUGACACCAUGGGAACUAUCAUUCGAGGGAGCGGCAGUUUAAUAUUUCGUGACUGGCAUCGGGAGAUUAUAGAAGAUGGCUUUCUCGGCAUGGUUGGGUGCCCACCUGACACAUUUGAGCUCUUUGUCACGCUCGCUAGGGAUAAUAAUGAGCCAGGGUCCUUGGACCAUGCAUUUCAAGCAAUUAACCAGAUCCUUCAAUUAGGCUCCGAGUCCACUGACAAAUCUCAGGCCUCCAAUGCCUGGAGGUGCACUGCAUCAAUUGCAGUUCUAACCAUCUUUGGGGCAAAUUCUUCAAGAAACUGCCAGGAGGCAUUAUCUGGGGCAGUUGAUCGUGUCUGUGCAAUACUUUCGAAAAUGUCGACCGCGUCUAAAUUCUAUAUUCACAUGGCCGCUGCAGCAUAUCUUGCGGGUAUCAACACGACAACUCAGCAGCAAUGCGAUGUUGUUCGAGCGUACUGGAAGAACUGCCAAUCCACUGGCAUGUCUCUUUAUCUCGACGCUCAUACGUUGUGUGAGCAGAGAUGGAGAUUGGAAGGUCUAUGCUAA